GCCGUCCUGCCCUACUUUCCAUACAGUCGGCAGUCCAAGAAGAAAUCCCAUCGGGGAGCUAUCACCGCUCGGAUGCUAGCAAACCUGCUCCAUGUGGCCGGAGUUAAGCACGUCAUUACUGUUGAUCUCCAUGCCUCUCAAAUGCAAGGCUUCUUCAAGUGUCCUGUCGACAACCUGCAUGCCGAACCUCUCAUUGCGCGAUGGAUUCGAAUGAACGUUCCUAAUUGGAAGGAAGCCGUUUGCGUGUCCAAAAACGCCGGUGGAACCAAGAGGGUGACUUCGUUGGCUGACGCAUUGAAGCUCAACUUUGGGCUGGUUACUACAGAUCGCAAGCGUGCACCUAACAUGUCAGCAAGCUUGAUUAUGAACCAGCUUGAUGGAUGGGAAAACCCUCCGGCCUGUCUUAAUGGGAAUCAUCAUUCGAGAAAUGUCUCAGAAGAUAGAGACUCGGAUGGCAAUGGCUCGGCGAGGUCUUCACGUAUUAUGAGCGAGUCCCAAGGUUCUCCUAGGCGUGCUAACGGCCCACCGCUGCGGACUAACAGCCUCGCGCGUUCGCCGUACACACAUGCCUAUACACCCUCUCAAACCUCUCCCAUCGAAGAGCUAAAAGACGAGGAGGAGAAUACCGACGACCCGCAUGUGUAUAACGAUGCACGUGCGGCCGAAGUAACUCACGGAAGACUAGUUCAAGGUCAUGUGGUGGCCGACGACUUCCAGUCCCCAGCCCAAUCAGAUGCCAGUGCGGACGGUGGUCAGUCUUACCAUGGCGGCGAUGACGAUCCUAUGGCUAUGUCUCACGCGUCUUCUUUCUUCGCACCUGAACCUCAUGCCCUUGGCGGCUCGGGUGACGCUGAAGCAUCCUCAGAUGAGGAGGAAGAGAAACUUCGAGAUCCCAAAAUCGAGCACAUGAUCACAUUAGUGGGCAACGUUAAGGACCGCCCAGUAUUGAUCGUGGACGAUAUGAUUGACAAGGCCGGUUCCUGGAUUGCCGCGGCCGAGACGGUAGUCAAACGAGGCAAAGCAAAGAAAGUGUAUUGUAUGGCCACCCAUGGGGUGUUCGGGGCGGAUUGUCUCGAACAGCUGCAGGCUUGCGAUUGUAUCGAUCAGAUCAUCGUAACCAACAGCUUCCCAAUAGCUGAUCGCAGGGCCAAAAACGCAAGUAAGUUGGUCAUCCUAGACCUCUCCUUUUUAUUGUCCGAAGCCAUUCGAAGAAACCACUAUGGCGAAUCGAUAUCGCCCUUGUUUCAGCAUAUGGCGGAUUAGACAGCCAGGAAUGUUACGAUUAUUAUGAAUAAUUCUGCUAUGACUUGCAGUAUGUACACUUUAUGAGAAAAACCGACAGGUGAGACCGCGGAUAUCGGUACUGGCGUCUGGGAUGAGGCGGAAUAAGGCUGCAUGGUUUUUCGGAAUUAGGAUCAGUGUUACGGAAUUACAUCAGAUACCACUAUAAGAUUGGCACGAUGGGUAUGUCUUUUUGCAAUGGAGUCGUAUGCUUUCAUGGUGUGGCUGAAUUUGCUCCCUUUUUAUAUCCCCCCUUCCCCUCCCCUCUACCCCCCCCAGCGGUGCUAUCCUCAGAUAGCCAGGGCUUAAGGUCCCUCUAGGACAAGCCUCUGAACGGAACGUUGGCAGAUCAAACCGUCCCUUUUGGGGCAAUACGUUGCUAGAAGGCUAGCCACUCGGGUAUUUAUUACCAGGUCCAUCUGGACGCUGAGUGUUUGGCAAGAGAAAACUACGGACAAUUCAAAAUUCUUACAGUACCUUAUAAGGUACCAUAGCGUGAAAGUAUGAGUGGCGGAAAUAAUUGGCCCCCAGGAAAUGGCUGGAAAUAACUCAUGUUCAUGACUUAAUUUUCAUUCAUUUACAAUUGGCAAUCAUUUACAAUUGGCAAUCAUUUA